UUGAUUGUUUACAAAAUUACAAAACGAAGUAAACAAUUUAUCUGAAAGAAAUUAUUUUAUUUUAAAUAUAGAACUUAUUAUUCAUAAAAUACAAGUUAAAAAAUUUAUUUUAACUUAUAUGCUGCCAAAAAGGUUCCACUCAGCUUUGUCAUGACAUGGUCAUAACGCUAGUUUACAGUGGAAAUAUUUAGGUACUACUUCAAUUUUUAUUCAGAUUUUAAUUACUUUGAUAUUGGCUGGUGGCAUUAUGCACUCAAAAAAAGCACAAUUAAGUAACUACAAAAAGUUUUUACUCAAUAGAGUAACUACAUCACCGCCAAUAUUUGAAUACAUUGAUUCUUGUUUAGCGCGCGACGAUGAAGCUAACCAUUAUUCUUUCCACAAGAUCAUGGUGCACAAUUGGCCAACUAGUCCUGAGCAGCUUUUCUCUGUAUUGAAUGAUUACUUUUCAAUUAUGUUCAUUCCUAUACAGUUCUCCAGUCAAAAUGGAUUUGCCACAUUUUAUACAAGCAGUUUGUCUUUAAUACAAAAGAUUAUGAAACUCGAUUUCAUGUUUCCGUUUGAACGUAAUAUGUAUAAUAUGGAUAUACUUUUUAAUGAUAAAAGUUCAGCAGACUGCUUCGAUAAUUGGAUUUCGAUUGAGGAUAUUGUUGGCAGUGUUGUGAGCAACCGUCUUAAUGAAAAAUUAGAGUUGGAUCUCUCUAAUCUGUGCAAUGAUACUGAAUUUUCACAAAAGGGUUUAUGUUUCUACCGUUUCAACCUUUUAUCAUUUUUCAAAAUACUCAUGCUAAGAAUGGGAAGAGAUACAAAAUUUCUCAAUUUGAGUAGGAAUAAUUUAAGCCAACUUCCAAUGGAUAUUUUGAAUUUCUUCAUAAAAGGAAAUCUUAUUGGUAUUAAUUUAAGUAACAACAAUAUUACAUCGUUAUCUGAGCUGCAGAGAUACAGUAGUAAAAUAGAGAAGAUCUGGCUGGAGGGGAAUCCCGUUUGCGAAGAAAUGGACGCGCCGACGUACAUUAGACAAAUUAUGAUGAAAUUCCCGAGAGUAACCGAAAUUGAUGGUGUGAAAUUAAAUGAAAAUGGUUUAAUAUUGCCAUUCAUCAAGAACUUCGCCGUGACUCCGGACAGACACACUAAAAUGUUGGUAGAAAAGUUUCUCAGUCUGUACUUCUCGCAUUUUGAUCACUCGAGAAUAAGAAUUGACAAGUUUUAUAAUUCGCCGGCAUCCCUCACCAUCACUACAGCUUUUACUCCCGAGGACGAGAAACUGCUACCAUCCAGUUUCGCCGUGGACGGUCGCAACAUGAUCAAAAUAAUGGACAGGAGAUUGAACAGAAAGGAACAAGAGAUGAAACUCAAUAAGAAAUAUUUCAAUACGAAGAAACAAGUGAUAGACGCGCUAUACAGGUUCCCGGAGACUGUGCACGAUCCCACCACAUUCUGUGUCGAUGUUGUUAGUAAAGAUAUAAAUCACAUGCUGUUAAUCAUAGACGGAGUUUUCAAAGUCACGGCCGACAUCCCUAGAAACGUUUUCCGAUUCAGACGCACUUUCCUCUUUGUCACGACUAUACAGAAUCCGACGACAUGCUACUUUAUAAGAAACGAGAUGUUACACUUGGACUACGCUAGCCCGGAAAUGAUACAGAAUAGUUUCUUGCAACCAUCAAGAAACUUAUACGACUACGCGCUCAUAAACCCAGACCCAGAAGAAAAAAAUAUUGUGACCAACGCAUUUUGUUACUUGACGCAGUUAAGAAAAGAUGAGGCAGUAAGCCGCCUGAAAACGUACGACUGGGAUAUAAAGAAGGCGUUGAAAUUCUUCCAGCAAGAAUUGAAGAGUGAUCUGAUACCAAUGGACAAAUUUGAAAUGGAUCUGGAUGAGGGCCACCUAUCCGAUGAAGCAAAUAUGGAUGAAGUAGAUUAAAUAAA